AUGAAGUGUGACGCCGUGAUUGAGAAAAUUAAGGCCCGCGUUGCCGCUAUUGACCCCAAUGGACCACGUAAAGUGCUGGGAGUGUUCCAGCUGAACAUUGAGGCCGCCGAUGGUGUCCACGAAAUUGUUGUUGAUCUGAAGGGACUGUCUGUUUCGGACGGUAAGGCCGCUUCGCCGGAUGUGGUGAUCAAUCUGAAGGACGAGGACUUUAUUGCCGUCGGAACGAAGCAGAUCCCGGUGAAGGAUGCGGUCGCACAGGGCAAAGUCAACAUGACCGGCGACCAGACCCUGUUCCAGGCCUUGGUGGAUGCUAUUUAA